CUAUCCUCCUGCCCCUGAAUUCUCUUUUCGUUGUGAAGGACACCAGGAUGCUGGAUUCCACAGCCAUUUUAUGCUAUCAAUGCUGUUAGUCCCUGAGAAGCCAAGAACACGUAGCUGGUUUUGCUGUAAUGGCUGCCUUUCUGGAAAAGGAUGGCACUCUUCAACUUAAACACUGAAAUAAUGUAGCUGUUUGAGUUUAAAUUGUUAAUGAGCAGGAAAUUCCCUCGACAUUCCAUUGAAGACCUGUCCUUGGAAAAUUAUCUUGGACUUCCAGUGAAAUUGUUGAUGCCAUUUAUCAACCACGGGGGAAAAGGAGAGAAUGAAAAAACCUCUUUUGCCUCAAGGCACUCGCAGAGCUGUUUUCAGUGCUGGGGCAAAGAACAGUUCCAGCAUACUAUCCUGCUUCAAGUGAUGCUUUUCCUUCUCAAGUUCUUACGCAGAGGGGAAAAUAACCACAGUGAGAAACACCAACCUUAGCAAAAGGACACAAUAUGAAGACUCUGAAAUGAGCGGAUGAGUUUUUUAUGAUGCUAGAACUGAAUUUCAUGAAAUUCCCAGUUUCUUUGGGAGCAAAUAUGUCCAAAUAUAUUUCCCCACCUUGCCCUUCACAAUUACUUGGGAAUAGAAAAAAAAUCUGUUGACAGUUCAUCACUGGAAGAACACUGGGAGAAAAUGGGAGACACUGUGAUAGGAACUUCAAAUGAAUCACUGGUGACUGAGUUCAUCUUAAUUGGAUUUUCAGAAUAUCCCCGAGCUCAGAUUAUCCUGUUUUGCUUCCUCUUGGUGGUGUAUCUCAUUAGUUCUCUUGGCAAUGGGCUCAUCAUCAUGUUGAGCAUUGCCGACCCACAGCUUCACACUCCCAUGUAUUUCUUCAUUUGUGUCCUUUCCACAAUAGACUUUAUUGUUACCAACAAUAUACUUCCUGAGACCUUGGUCAACUGCUUCAUCUACAGGCCCACAAUUUCUUUCUCCAGAUGUUUGUCCCAAAUGUACCUUGGUGUAUUUCUGGUUGCAACAGAGUGCAUUGUCUUGGCUAUCAUGGCAUAUGAUCGCUUGGCAGCUAUAUGCCAGCCCUUACACUACACGCAGAUCAUGAGUUGGAGAUUAUGCAUUUAUCUGGUUGCCACAUCAGUGGCCCUUGCCUUCAUGACCACCCUGAUCAAUGUGCUCUUGCUGCCCACUGACUUCUGUGGCCAUCACGUCAUCAACCAUUUUGCAUGUGAGCUGCAAUCUGUACUCAAAUUGGCUUGCUCCAACACAGUCAUCAGUGAGAUCUUUAUGCAUGUUGCCAGCCUCUUUCUGCUAAUCCCUCCCUUUGGCUUCAUAGCUGUGACAUAUGGUCGCAUCGGCCUGGCUAUUCUGCGUAUAAGCUCUGCCCAGGGACGCAGAAAAGCCUUCUCCACCUGCAGUUCUCACCUUGCUGUGGUCAGUGUAUUUUAUGGGACACUCAUGAUCAUGUACUUGAGACCGGAAGGCAAAUCCAUUUCUGAAAAGGACAAGGUCAUCUCCUUAACGUAUGGGACUCUGACUCCCAUGCUCAAUCCUCUGAUCUACAGCCUGAGGAACAGGGACGUCAAGGUAGCAUUCUGGAAGCUGGUUGCAAGAAAAAUGUUAAAGUGAUAUACAGAUGUGCUCCCCAUGUACCAUAUAGAUGCCUGUUGCUCACCAUCACUGGUAACUUUUUAAAAAAGCAUUUAAUAGCAACCAUUACUGUUCCUAUUAAACACAAGAGGAAAUAAGUGUCAUGACCCCAUUGCAAGGCACAAAGAGCCUCACAACGUGGAUCAUGAUCAUUAAGAAAGAGAGGAAGCAGAUAAUCAAAUCAACGCUUAAACCAAGCACCCAAAGCACCCACACCCAUGGACUCAUAUGCAGAUGAAUAGAAGGACUUCAGAUAAGCAGCAAUAACCCGCACCUGGUGCCCUGGAGGACACACCUGAACCAAGAGGACAAGGACAGCAACCGGGAAAACACCCACACAGCCAUCAAGAAACCCAUCAAGGGGAAUGGGGACAAUGGAGGGUGGAGAAGCACGGGACCCCGCAAUAGGGGUAUAAACAGGACACCUCACCACCGCACCCCCAUUCCCGUUUUUCUCUCUGUCAGUAGCAUUUCAAUAAACCGGAAAUCCUUAAUCCCUA